AGCCAAUGGGAAGUAGAGGCGUUCCCAUCUCCGCCAAUGGAGCUCUGAACAAGGCGGGCCCUUGCGAACCGCCCUAGUAACGGCCGCAUGGUAACCCGAGCGCCCGGCGUGUGGUACUCGUUGCAGUUUUUUGACUCCUGGAGUCUGCAAAAUGAAGAUUGAGGAGGUGAAGAGUACCACGAAGACGCAGCGCAUCGCCUCCCACAGCCACGUGAAGGGGCUGGGGUUGGAUGAGAGCGGUCUGGCCAAGCAGGCGGCCUCGGGACUGGUGGGCCAGGAGAAUGCGCGAGAGGCAUGUGGCGUGAUAGUAGAGUUAAUCAAAAGCAAGAAAAUGGCUGGAAGAGCUGUCUUGUUGGCAGGACCUCCUGGAACUGGCAAGACAGCUCUGGCUCUUGCUAUUGCCCAGGAGCUGGGUAGUAAGGUCCCUUUCUGCCCAAUGGUGGGGAGUGAAGUUUACUCUACAGAGAUCAAGAAGACGGAAGUGCUGAUGGAGAACUUCCGCAGGGCCAUCGGGCUGCGGAUAAAGGAGACCAAGGAAGUUUAUGAAGGUGAAGUCACAGAGCUAACUCCAUGUGAGACAGAGAACCCCAUGGGGGGAUAUGGCAAAACUAUUAGCCAUGUAAUCAUAGGACUCAAAACCGCCAAAGGCACCAAGCAGUUGAAACUGGACCCCAGCAUUUUUGAAAGUUUGCAGAAAGAGCGAGUCGAGGCUGGCGAUGUGAUUUACAUUGAAGCCAACAGUGGGGCCGUGAAGAGGCAGGGCAGGUGUGAUACCUAUGCCACAGAAUUCGACCUUGAAGCCGAAGAGUAUGUCCCCUUGCCAAAGGGGGAUGUGCACAAGAAGAAAGAAAUUAUCCAGGAUGUGACCUUGCAUGACUUGGAUGUGGCCAAUGCGAGGCCCCAGGGAGGACAAGACAUCCUGUCCAUGAUGGGCCAGCUGAUGAAGCCAAAGAAGACAGAAAUCACAGACAAACUUCGAGGAGAGAUUAACAAGGUUGUGAACAAGUACAUUGACCAGGGCGUUGCCGAGCUGGUUCCAGGUGUGCUGUUUGUUGAUGAGGUCCACAUGCUGGACAUUGAGUGCUUCACCUACCUGCACCGGGCCCUGGAAUCUUCCAUUGCCCCCAUUGUCAUCUUUGCAUCCAACCGAGGCAACUGCGUCAUCAGAGGCACUGAGGAUGUCAUCUCUCCUCACGGCAUCCCUCUCGAUCUUCUGGACCGGGUGAUGAUCAUCCGGACCAUGCUGUACACACCGCAGGAGAUGAAGCAGAUCAUUAAAAUCCGCUCCCAGACAGAGGGAAUCAACAUCAGCGAGGAGGCGCUGAACCACCUAGGGGAGAUUGGCACUAAGACCACUCUGAGGUACUCGGUGCAGCUGCUGACCCCAGCCAACUUGCUUGCUAAGAUCAAUGGGAAGGACAGCAUUGAGAAAGAACAUGUUGAGGAGAUCAGCGAGCUUUUCUAUGAUGCCAAGUCCUCGGCCAAAAUCCUGGCUGAUCAGCAGGAUAAGUACAUGAAGUGAGCUGGCUCUCGUCUUCUGCAAGGAGAGACUCCAGUGUGCCUGGCCUGGUCCAGCCUCCGUUCAGGAGCUUUCCCUGGGCGGGGGCUUCUUUACGGUUGGCAGCAUUGCCAUUUCAGUGUGAAAGUAUUUCAUUUUAAAUUAUCAGAACUUCUUCUGUGGCUGCUUGGAAGGAAUCCUUCCUUAUCUGGUGUAUUUUCUAAUAAAUCGUUAUAGGUUGUUUUAACAACAUCUCUUUUUAAAAACCUUUUUGUUGAAAUGUUUUACUUUAGAACCAUUUACAUUUACAGAAUUAUUGUGAAGAUAGUACAGGAGUAUACCAGGCAUCCCGUAUUUUGGACAUCUUACAUUAGUAUGGUCCAUUUGUCACAAUUAGUGAACCAAUAUCAAUAGGUUAUUUACACUUUACUCAGAUUUCCUCAGUUUUUCCCACUGCGUCCUUUCUCUGUCCAGGAUCCCAUCGAGGAUACCACAUGACAGUUAGUUGUAUUGUUCUCCUAACAGUUCACCAGCCUGUGGAGAAUGUC